AUGAUUCCAAACAGAAGUACAAGGAGACUUUCAUUGGACAUGUUCCAAAGGGCAGGAGUCUCAGACAGAACACACGAGAGGAGCGUAUUCAAGUAUUUGGAUUUAAGGUUUCCAACUCAAACUGCUUCAUCCAAUGAUGUCAUCAGAGAAGUCAAAUGCGAAUGCUGUGGCAUGUCUGAGGACUGCACUAUAGCCUACAUCCAAUGCACCAGGGCUCGGUUUUAUGGCAAAUGGGUUUGUGGCCUGUGCUCGGAAGCAAUAAAUGAAGAGUCUUAUAAGAUUGGAGGAGUACGCAACAUUAUACAUGAAGAAGCUCUACUUGCACACAUAGAAAUAUGUAACACGUUCAAUAAAACCAUCAGAGUGAAUCCUGCCAUGUCUCUUGCAUAUGCCAUGACCAAAAUUCUGAGAACAAGCUCCAACAAGAAUAGAUGA